UCAAGUAGUGUUUAUUCCUUUAAGAUCGCUUUUAUUCAAGAAAUUUAUUGGACAUAAUAUCCCCUUUCGUUUCCAUAGUGAUUGGAUGAAGUCCCUGUCUUACGGGUAGGGACAGAUAUUUAUUAGUCAAGGAAGGAUAAGAGCUGAUCUGUAAAUUUUAAGUGGCGGCUAAAAGUCAUAAAUGGUCAUAGAACGAGAGAACAAAAGAUAAUCGUUUUUUUUCCCUGAUCGGUUUUUGCGGCGUCAUGUCUGCUUGAUAAUACACCUCCUGUCUCUCCCAGCUAAUGAGCACCCUCCCCAUCCGUCGCUGCUGUUUAUCAGGCAUACCUGGCAGGUAAAUACUUGAGAGAUCCGAAGGAAGCAAAGCGCAGGGCAGCCCGCAUUCAAAGCCUGCCUCAAAAUGGUGGACUGCCACCGAGUUAUAAAGGCAGCAUGUAUUAUUCUCAACAUGAUUAUGUACACGCUACUUCUUGUCAUGAAUUACGCUGCAAACAACAAAAGUGGGAUCCUUUUUGGAAACAAAUCGGUCGGACAGGUGGUACGGAAAUAUUCCAUCGAGUUCAGCCCCGCACCUUACGCAUUUGAGAUCUGGAAGCUCGUAAACGCUUGGACCGCUUUGUGGAUUCUAUACACGUUGACUUACAUCUUCAGACAACGCGUGCCCGAUGUGUUGAGCCCGUAUUUCUUCGUUUGUUUUACGAUGGCUACCGUUUCGAACAUGGCUUGGACUCAGUUCAUUAGCUGGGAGUUAAUCAAGGUAGCAAUAGGCUUCGUUUUCGCUAUGGUGGUAUUCCUCUAUGCGUCUCUCGCUUGUAGCUUCGCUGGUUUGUACAAACAGCGCUACUUCAUCGGUCGAUUCGAUUACUGGGUCAUUCAUACGCUGGUGAAUAAUGGCAUCGCUGCGUAUGCUACGUGGGUCACCGUGGCCGCUCUUCGCAGUCUGGCGCUAACUUUGACAUAUUUUCUCGACAUACAGCGAGAACUCUCGGUGACAAUCGCUUUGGGAAUUCUCACGCUGUUAAUCGUGGUGUGGUUUAUCUUAGAAAAUACGUUUUUCAGAGAAGAUCUUUUGUAUACCAUAACAAUUUAUCCAGUCUUAAUUUGGAUUUUUGUCGCCAGCAUAAUCCUCAACUUAAACCCCGUAAGCCGCCUAAAUACGGCCAUUAUGCAAUCUCUUCUUGCCGUUUCGUGUACUCUCUUUAUUGGAAAAAUUAGUCUCAUGGUGUGGAAAAUCACUGAAAAAUGUCGAGACACCAGAGCAAUAGCUGACCUAGCUAUGGCGGAAAUAACUCCAAGGUUUGAGGAGAACCGCGAGCAAAAAUACACUGAUAGAUCGGAUAAUCAGGAACUUGUCGACUAGGAUUAUUUUUACCCACCAAAACAAGCCAAGCGCAUUUACUGUUAAUUGAUCGAAUUAUCGAUAUUGGAACCCCACCCGGAAUAUUGAUCACGCAUUUUAAAGAUGCCGUGAUUGUUUUUGUCACGCUCUAUUUAGGUCUAUAUGAUGAAGUUGACAUAGAGCUCCCGGCUUUAUCAAAGCAGACAAGAAACUAGAAGUGUUUUAACGCAAGAAGACUUAAUUGCCGGUAAACUGAAUUUUCUUGUUUUUGUUUUUGUAGGAGCCCUUGGGCUUCUGUUUUGUUGUUAACAUCUAAACGAUCACUCAUAGAUAAAAGCUAAAAGGUACUGGUAAGAAAUCGUAAAUUCCCUCAUGUGAUUUCUGUCGAAUUCAUGUUCUUCGCCUUUCCUCUCAUAAUAUAUAAUUAUCGAUUUUUAUUGAAUCGUCCUCAGCUAAAGCUUUUGGAACCAUUCAAAAAGUAAAGAGAUGUGUGAUUCGUUUUGCCACGAGCGUGGGUCAAAUGAAAACCAGUUGUAAAUGUUACGUCAUGUCUGAUGUUCAGAUCAAGAUAUAAAUUCCUAUUAAA